AUGAUUAAUAUAUGCAAAUUCAUCCAACCUCAUAACAGGAAUAUGACGGUCAAUCACAUUAUGGAUCAUCUGUUUGGAGAAGUGGAAGAUUGGGCUGAGAAACCAGAAAAGGUGAAUAUAAUGAGAUGUAAAGUGGGAGUUUAACAGCAAGGUUAAAACAUUUAUGAGGGAGCAGAUGAUCAAAAUUGCCGUUCGAACCAGGAAGCUGAUCGAAAUGGAAUGCUAACAGUAUUUUAGGAAAAAAGGAUUAAGAUUGCAACAAAAUGA